AUGGCUGCAUUGACGCAAUCGACUAACGAGCCGGUUGCCAUCUCGAAUCCCUUGUCCGGAACACCUAGCUCGCUCAUCUCGAGCCCGCCCGAAUCCGUCGCGUUUCUCAAGUCAUCGAAGCAAGAUUCGAGCUUGACGUCCAUCGCCAGCGCCGGACUGAACGUCUCGAGGUCGAGGGAAUCGUUACCCCAGAUGUCCACCACUGCACCGACGGACGGUCCGAUAGACCGACCACAGGAAUCGGAAAAGGCAUCCGAGCAGAACAGCUCACUGGUAGCAAGAGAGGCUUUGGGUGCUAGCGAAAAGCAGAAUGUCGGUUCCAUCCACGACUCCAUGUCCAUGUCGUCGGACCAUAUGCAAGUCGAUUCGGCGCAUAACUCGGGCAGCGUCCCCGAUACUUUUGGUGCCGAUAGCGGCUCGACCCUAAUGGCCGCUCCAACUGUGGCUAGUCCGGGCCCCAUAGAGGACUCUACCUCCCAGGACGGUGAUCGCCCGCGCCAUCGAGACGACGCAGAUAUGCAGGAGAGUAGUAAUAAGGCUUUCUCGUACCCAAUGCCUACGGGCCAUCUCGGCGAUGCGCGCCGCGGUCUCAGUCUACCCAAUUCUGGGUUCCAAAAAAGUGGCCAGCGAUCACCGUCGGCCAAAAAACAUCGUUGUCCUUACUGUGCCACUGAGUUCACCAGACAUCAUAACCUCAAGAGCCAUCUUCUCACCCACAGCCAGGAGAAGCCAUACGUAUGUCAGACUUGCCAGUCGCGCUUUCGGAGACUCCAUGAUCUCAAGAGACAUACAAAGCUUCAUACCGGCGAGCGUCCACAUAUCUGCCCGAAGUGUGGGCGUCGGUUCGCGCGCGGUGAUGCUCUUGCUCGACAUAAUAAAGGCCAGGGCGGCUGCGCCGGUCGCAGAGCCAGUAUGGGAAGUUUUGCGCCAGAGGAUGAUUAUGGCGAGGGCGCUGUUGCCCCCAGUGCCGAAGAUACCAUGGACGGUCUCGUUUAUGCCGAACCCGAGCGAAUGGAUGAAGAGGAUGAACGCCGACUCAACAUGCCCAGCAUCAAAAAGCAUGAUGCCCCUUCAGACUCUAUUCCACGCUCUCAUUCUGGCAGCAGCUACCAACCGCGUCAGCCAAAUACAUAUCCUCCGAUAGCUGCCGGCAGACCCUCCCCGGGAGGAUUAUUCCCUCCUCCCACAAGCCACGGUGGGUCUAGUGCGUCGACAUCUCCCGUUUCUCAAUCCGGGAAUAUGACUUUCCCACCGCCGGGGCAGCCUUCGGGCGCGACGGUGUUUCAGUCUACGAAUGUUACCGAGAGCCCACGGCCCCUUUCACCAAACGCUCUUACAUCGCACCAAGGCGGACAUGGACCGGAGGGCGGCAGUAUCCAGUUGCACCGGUCACACUCUCCCAGUAUGUCGCAGCCAUUUCAGCAGCAACCCUUCAGCCGAUCCGGACCUUCCCAGGGACCCGUCACGAAUCAUUCCGCUCCUGGCCUGGGGCUUCCUCCCUCUCAACCCGGCGCCCCUCAGCUGCCUCCUCCACCCGGGCUGGGCCCCUCAGAUACGCGGUUCUCCCUUCACAAUCCAGGAUCUGUGCAGCCGCCGCAGCAGGCCGCUACAAAGCACGGAUCUUCCCUCGGUCAUUCUACCAAUCACAGUGGAUCCCUGUCUUCGAAAGCUGGCCUGGACGCCACAGCAGGCAAUGGCACUCAUCUUCCCGGACCACAUGACCCCAGCUUUGUGGAACAAAGCAGAGACCGGGAGGACAAGCUUUGGGCCUACAUCCGAUCAGUCCACGAAGAAUUGGCAGGAUUGAAAAGCGAAGUGGCCGCUUUACGAUCCCAGCUUGCUUCGUCAAAUGCCAGCAACCUAGCGCCUACGAAUACAAGCGCCGCGUCGGCUCAACCUGAGAGCAGUUCCGGUAGCACUGCACAGCGAUGA